UUCAAGGUAUGAGAUGCUGAGUAGGGGAAAAUUGCUGUACAGUGCGAGCCUUCUUUACUCUCUCCUUUCUCCAUCGAUUUCUGACGAAGUUGAAUUGCGAGUGGCUUCUUGAAAGUUUGAACGAAAAUGUCGUUGAAGCCUCGUCCUAUGAACUUCGAUGACACAUGGCCUCUCAUCAAGGACACCUUAUUAGGAGUCAUCACCUUGAGAAAAAUUCCCAAGGCUGUCUGGAAUGACAGGUUCUCAGAUGUGUAUGCACUUUGUGUGGCCCAACCUGAUCCCCUUGGUGAUAGACUUUAUCAGGAGAUAAAAAAGUCCCUGGAAAAGCAUGUGGAUAAGAUUUUUGAGGGGGUGAGCAAGACACAGGAAGAGAAUCUUCUUCUUAAUUAUCAUAGCCAAUGGUUGGAAUAUAGCAUUGGCACAUCUUACCUAAACAAUUUGUUCACGUAUUUAAAUUCACAACAUAUCAGGAAGCAGAAGCCCACAGAUGCUGACCUGGUGUAUGGCGACUCAGAUAUAGAGACUCAAGAGCAAAUGCUAGAAAUUGGGGAACUUGCACUUUCAAUCUGGAGGCGAGGGAUGAUUCUGCCUCUGAAGGACACAUUGGUCAAGCUCCUCCUUGAAGGCAUUCAUAAUGACAGGCUUGGUGCAAGCCCCAAUGUCACUGUUGUCCAUGGUGUCAUUCAGUCACUGGUCCAGGUUGAGAACUACAAGAGAAAGACCCCAUUGCAUCUGUAUGAGACCAUAUUUGAGGGAUCCCUGCUAAAAGAAACAGGAGAAUAUUACCAGCAGGAAGCCCAGCGGCUUCUCGAAAACAGCUCAACAUCUGAAUACAUGGAGAAGGUGAUCAGUAAGAUGGAUGAGGAGUGUUUACGAGCCAGGAAGUUCUUAAAUCCCAGUUCCUACCAGAAGGUGGUGGGAGAGUGUGAGCAGCGCAUGGUUGCAGAUCACUUGGAGCUCCUGAGCAGUGAGUCCAAAGACAUGGUUUCUCUUGAAAACCUGAAGGAUCUGCAGAAUCUCUACCUCCUUCUCAAGUCUAUCCCAUCUGGCCUUGGGGUCCUUGCAUCUCGCAUUCAGGAUCAUAUCAAAGCCAAGGGUCUUGAGUCUAUACAUGGCCUCUCUGGUGAUAAUAUCCCAAAUUUAUUUGUGGACAAUCUCCUUCAAAUCCAUUCAAAAUAUAGCCAGAUGGUCCAAAGCAUCUUUCUUGGUGAUCACUUGUUUCUGAGUGCCUUGGACAAAGCAUGUGCAGCUGUCAUCAAUUACAGGCCCACCCCCAAACAGCCCUGCCAUUCAGCUGAACUACUUGCCCGGUACUGUGAUAUGCUGCUAAAGAAGAGCAGCAAGUCCAUGAGUGAAAGUGAAGUGGAUGAGAAGCUUGCUCGUGCCAUUAUCAUUUUCCGCUACAUUGAUGACAAGGAUGUGUUCCAAAAGUUCUAUGCCAAGAUGCUCUCUCGCCGACUCAUCCAUCAGCUUAGUAUGAGCAUGGAUGCUGAGGAGGCCAUGAUCAAUCGACUUAAGGAAGCAUGUGGGUAUGAGUUCACCAACAAGCUUCACCGCAUGUUCACUGACAUGUCCAUCUCCUCGGAUCUGAAUCAGAAGUUCUCAGCCUAUGUCAAGAAGGGAAAUGUUGACCUGGGGAUCACUUUUUCCAUAUAUGUUCUUCAGACUGGGGCAUGGCCAUUCUCUAAUAUGAACCUAAGUCCAUUUGCCUUGCCACAAGAGCUUGAGAAGUCAGUGCAACAUUUUGAAACAUUCUACCAUUCUAAUUUCACUGGGAGGAAGUUGACAUGGAUGCAUCAUCUCUGCAAUGGUCUGCUUCCUCUUUAUAUCUUCUUUUUUUUGGAAUAUGUCCUCAAUCUAUUUGGACAAGAUGACAACUAUCCUCCUUGUUGGACAGGGGAAUUGAAGCUGAAUCACUUGAAGAAGCCAUACUAUGUAACACUGGGGACAUACCAGAUGGCCAUCCUCCUCCUGUUCUCAACUUGCGAUUCCUACAAAGUCCAUGAACUCCAGCGACACACCCAUCUAAAUGAGGAUCAGUUUGGAAAGCAUUUUGCCUCCCUUGUGGAUGCCAAACUUUUCCUUGUCUCUCCAUCAUCCACUCAGGAGAAGGAAGUGAAGGAGUCAGUGGUGACCUUGAACAUGAACUAUAGCAACAAGAAGACCAAAUUCAAGAUCGCCUUUGCAUCACAGAAAGAGACACAGCAGGAGGUGGAGCAAACUCAUUCGUCAGUGGAUGAGGAUCGCAAAGUGUAUAUCCAGGCUGCCAUUGUCCGAAUCAUGAAAUCCCGUAAAAUCCUCAAGCACAAUGAGCUCAUUCAGGAGGUGCUGACAUUAUCGCAAGGAAGGUUCACACCUUCCAUCCCCUUGAUCAAGAAAUGUAUUGAGUCUCUAAUUGACAAGCAAUACCUUGAAAGAACUCCCAACUCUACUGAUGAGUAUGGCUAUAUUGCCUGACACUCAGCUUUGCCAUACUCAUGUGGGAAGAAUGGUGACUGUGCAGAAAGGCAGGUAGAUAGAUGAUGGGGAUGGGAAGAUGGGAUUGAAGGAAAGGAAAGCAGCUGGUGUCCCUGCUUGCUUCAGCUUAACAAACAGCUGGAUCCCCUCCUCUCAGCAACUUAACAAUGAGGAAGACUCAGGAGAAUAAGUCGCCCUGCUGCUUCUCAAAUCUCCAUAAUUAUUGGACUUAUGUUUCAGUUUUUUGAAAGCAUCUCUUCUGAAAUAUAUAUUUGAGGAUUGCCCUACA